CUCUCCUUUCAGUGCUAUAUGUUGCGGACAGAUGAUUGGCAUCUCUCUGCAGAUCCUCUGAAGAACAGCAAAGGAUUCCUUAGACAGUGCCAUAAAAGCUUUUGUAUAGGUUUCAUCACUGCUUUAGAAUCCAUUACAUCAUCUGUUUUCAUCAGAGAUUCAGAAACUGUAAGUUCAAACAACAGCGCAUUCAAACUUGGAUUCUUCAGCCCUCAAAAUACCACAGAUCAUCGCUAUGUAGGAAUUUGGAAUAUCUCCAACUCCGAAGUCAUAUGGGUGGCUAAUAGAAACCAACCAUUACACGAUUCUUCUGGGAUCCUUACUAUAUCUGAGGACAACAAUCUUGUAGUAUUGAAUGGAAAGAAAGAGGUUUUUUGGACAUCAAAUGUAUCAAGCAAACAAUCAAGUCCCACUGCUCAACUUCUUGAUUCUGGUAACCUUGUGCUUUUAGACCACACUGGCAAGACUUUAUGGGAGAGUUUUCAACAUCCAAGAGACAUGGACUUUCCAACUUUGGCAAUGAUCAGUACCAACCAGAAAAAAGGUUCAUCAAGAAAAAGCCCUCCUACAAGAAAACUGGCUUACACGACCAGAAUAAACAAAGUUGGGAAGCAGCGAAGGGUUCAAGAAUCUAAUUGUGAUACAUAUAACUAUUGUGGGACAUAUGGGAUCUGUGACUCCAAUAAUUCCCCAAUAUGCACUUGCCUGAAAGGGUUUGAGCCUAAGAAUAUAGAAGAAUGGAAUAGCCAAAACUGGACUAGUGGAUGUGUGAGAAGGGCAUCACUGCAAUGUGGGACUGGUAAAGGCAAAGAUGACUGGUUUCUUGAGCUGCAAAUGACAAACACUCCGUCAUAUUCAACUCCAUCAUUUUUUCCUAAGGACACAUGCAGAACUCAGUGCAUAAAUAAUUGCAGCUGUAUAGCAUAUGCAUAUGUUGCUUCUCUUUCCUGCAUUUACUGGACUGGAAAUUUAACAGGUGUAGUAAGAUUGUCCAGUGGAGGAACUAAUCUCUACAUCCGCCAAGCCCAUUCAGAACUCGGUAGGAAUAAGAAAGACUUCAAAGUAGUUAUCUCAGUAACAGUGAUAGUAGGAGUGAUCAUCAUUGCCAUCUGUGCAUAUGUCUUAAAGGCAUGGACUGCUAAACACACUGCAAGAAAAAAGCAAAGCAAAGCAAAAUUAUUGCUGAACAAGGAAGAAAACCUACUACUUGGAGACCUGAAAAUAGCUAAACUUGAGAAGCUACCACUGUUUGAUCCAAGAAUCAUUGCAACUGCAACAAACAACUUCAGCAUCGCUAAUAAGCUUGGGCAGGGUGGUUUUGGUUUAGUAUACAAGGGAGAAUUGCAAGAUGGACAAGAAAUAGCAGUGAAAAGACUUUCAAGAACAUCUAAACAAGGACUGGAAGAGUUCAUCAAUGAAGUGGUUGUGAUUUCGAACCUUCAACAUCGUAAUCUUGUAAAACUUUUAGGCUGCUGUAUCGAAGGAGAGGAGAAAAUGUUGAUAUAUGAGCACAUGCCUAAUAAGAGUUUGGAUGCUUUCAUAUAUGAUCCUAUCAGAAAGAAGAUUUUAGAUUGGAAAAACCGCUUGAACAUAAUUAAAGGAAUUGCCCGUGGCUUACUUUAUCUUCAUAGAGAUUCUGGACUAAAAAUUAUACAUCGAGACUUAAAGCUAAGUAACAUCUUACUAGAUGAUCAGCUUAAUCCUAAGAUAUUAGACUUUGGUCUAGCAAGAAUCUUUGAAAGCAAUGAAGAUGAAAGCAAUACUCAAAGAGUUGUUGGAACAUACGGUUACAUGCCACCUGAAUAUGCAAUGGAAGGAUUAUUUUCAGAAAAAUCAGACGUGUUCAGCUUCGGAGUUUUACUAUUUGAGAUCAUCAGUGGUAGGAAAAAUAUAAGCCUUUGUGAUCAUGAACAUUCAUUGAACCUCUUGGAACUUGCAUGGAAAUUAUGGAACGAAGAUGGUAUCAAGUCUCUCAUAGAUGUGGAAAUAUGUGAUCCAGUUUACAUCAGGGACAUUGUGAGAUGCAUACACAUUGGAUUUUUAUGUGUUCAAGAACAUGCAAGAGACAGGCCUUCUAUGGCCACUGUAAAUUCAAUGCUCAAUAAUCACAUUGCUAAUCUUCCUCCGUCAUGUCAGCCUGCAUUCUACAUACAGAGGAAGUUUGUGCCAAGUGCGAAGUUGUCUCAUAAAAGUAAUAAGUCAUACUCCGUUAAUAGCAUCACUUUCACAAACAUUCAAGGGAGAUCUAAUUUGUUUCUGCAACGAGCCGUUAGCAGCGGCGGAACCACUAUUGCAUGGCUACCUCUUCUUACACAUGAUAUGAGAGUGUUCCUUGAAAUCAUGGGGAUUAGUUCACUUAGAAACUUAUUACCUGUUUUUCUUGUGAUUUCUGGCUUUUGUGCAGAUUUUUGCCCUGCCUCUGACACUAUUACAACAACUCAGUUCGUUAGAGAUUCUGAAAUUGUAAGCUCAAACAACAGUGAAUUUGAACUGGGAUUCUUCAGCCCUGAAAAUGCAACGAAUCGCUAUGUAGGAAUCUGGUAUGUUUCUGACUCGAAUGUCAUCUGGGUGGCUAACAGAAACCAACCAUUGAAAGAUUCAUCUGGAAUUCUCACAAUAUCUGAGGACAAGAAUCUUGUUGUAUUGAAUGGAGAUAAAGAGGUUGUUUGGACUUCAAAUAUAUCAAACAAGGCAUCCAAUUCCACUGCUCAACUUCUCAACACGGGAAACUUAGUCCUGCUAGAUGACACAGGCAGAACAUUAUGGGAGAGUUUCCAACAUCCAGGUAAUUCAUUCCUUCCAAAUUUGGUAAUUAGUACUAACCAAAAAACAGGUGAGAAACUGAAGGUUACUUCAUGGAAGAGCCCUUCGGAUCCGUCCGUUGGAAGCUUCUCCAGUGGCCUUGAACGCCCCAGUACGCCUGAAGUGUUCGUCUGGAAUCAAACACAGCCAUAUUGGAGGUCAGGUCCUUGGAAUGGUCAAGUGUUCAUUGGGUUAUCCAAGAUGUAUACUUCCUCAUAUCUAAAUGGAUUUGACGUAGGAAGGGAAGAAAAUGGGUCUGUUCACAUAACAUAUUCUUUGCCAAAUGAGUCUUUCUUUGGAACCAUAGUUUUGAGUUCAGAAGGAAAACUAGUCUUAACCACCUGGAUGAACAAACUCAAAGUUGGGAUGCGAACUGUCCAAGAUUCAAUCUGUGAUAUGUAUGGUUUAUGCGGGACAUUUGGAAGCUGUGAUCCCAGAAAUUCCCCAAUCUGCAGCUGUUUGAGAGGAUUUGAGCCAAGGAAUGCCGAGGAAUGGAAUAGACGAAACUGGACUAGUGGAUGUGUGAGAAGGGCAUCGUUGCGGUGUGGGAAGGUGAAAAAUGGGAGAGAUACUGAUAAAGAUGAUGGGUUUUUGAAACUGCCAAUGACGAAAGUGCCAGAUUUUGCAGAGAAGUCAUAUGGUUCUGAGGAAAUGUGCAGAAUUCAAUGCCUAAAUAAUUGCAAUUGUACGGCAUAUGCAUAUGAUGCUGCAAUUGGCUGCAUGUCUUGGAAUGGAAACUUAAUCGACGUUGUAAGAUUUUCAAGGGGAGGAGUGGACCUUUAUAUCCGAGAAGCCUAUUCUGAACUUGAAAGAGAAAAGAAAGUGUUGAAAGUAGUCAUCAUAGUUACAGUGGCAGUAGGAGUAAUUAUCAUUGUUGCUGCAUAUAUUGUAUGGUGGUGGGCUGCUAGACAUUUUGCUAGAAGGAAAGGAAAUAAUGGAGCAUUAACGCUGGAAAUAGAAGAAUCACAUUUAAAAAACCACAGGGCAAACCUAAUAGAAGACCUGAAAAUAGCUAAAUUAGAGGAGCUGCCACUAUUCGAUUUUGGAAUCAUUGCUACUGCAACAAACAACUUCAGUUUUGCUAAUAAGCUUGGAAGAGGUGGCUUUGGUACAGUAUAUAAGGGAGAGUUGCGAGAUGGACAGGAAAUUGCAGUGAAGAGGCUCUCAAGAGCAUCUGGACAAGGGCUAGAAGAAUUUAUGAAUGAAGUGGUUGUUAUUUCAAAGCUUCAACAUCGUAAUCUAGUAAGACUUCUAGGUUGUUGCAUUGAAGGAGAGGAAAAGAUGUUGAUCUAUGAGUACAUGCCAAACAAGAGUUUGGAUGCUUUUGUGUUUGAUCCUAUAAAAAAGAAGGCUUUAGAUUGGAAAAAACGACUUAACAUAAUUGAAGGAAUCUCUCGUGGUGUACUUUAUCUCCAUAGAGAUUCUAGAUUAAAAAUUAUUCAUAGAGAUCUAAAGCCUAGUAAUAUCUUGUUGGAUGGAGAGCUUAAUCCAAAGAUAUCCGACUUUGGCAUGGCAAGAAUCUUCCAAAACAAUGAAGAUGAAGGCAAUACAAGAAGGGUUGUUGGAACAUAUGGCUACAUGUCACCUGAAUAUGCUAUGGAAGGACUAUUUUCAGAGAAAUCAGAUGUGUUUAGUUUUGGAGUUUUGCUGCUAGAGAUCAUUAGUGGUACGAAAGUCACAAGUUUUUAUGUCUAUGAACACUCAUUGAGCCUUUUAGGAUUUGCAUGGAAGUCAUGGAAUGAAGAGGACAUCAUAUCUUUUAUAGACCCUGAAAUAUCAGCAGCAGAUUUUAUCAAUGAAGUUAGAAGAUGUAUGCACAUUGGACUUCUAUGUGUCCAAGAACUUGCAAGAGACAGACCUUCUAUGGCCACAGUAAUGUCAAUGCUUAACAGUGACAUUGUUAAUCUUCCUCCUCCAUGUCAUCCUGCAUUCAAUAAAAGGCACGGUGUAUCAAGUUCAGAAUCUUCUCAACAAAGCAACAAAUCAUGCUCCCUCAACAGUGUAACUCUCACAAACAUGCAAGGGAGAUAGAAGACUGAUUAAGAGAAGCCAAGGCUAAAAUAAUAGUGCUAAGAUGCUUGGGACAAUUUUCAUACUGAUUAUGUGUAGAUAGGAAAUGUUCUGCUGAUGCAUAUGAAAUAUCCAAAAGAUCAUUAGAUCCAUCAAUGUCUUGUGCAGCAGAGCAAACAACAAACAAUGAUGAGUUAUGUUUCAUCAAUAAAGUAACUGUCUCAAAUUUUGAGGGGAUAGACUGGGGUGCUUUUAUGUCUCUAUUCCAUUUGAAAGAUCUUAAAUACACUCUUCCCCAGUAUACCUUCAAAUCUUCAACAGGGCAGCU